CUUCAGGCAAUUCCCCAUUAAACAAAGUUAUCCACGAGAUGUCAGAUACAAAAGUAACACCCAAAAAAACUUUGCCCUGCCAGAACAAGAGGAAAUUUUUAUUCCAAAAGCAAUCCUGAGCCAUGACAGUCCUGGAGUACUACGCUAAAAUUCUUGGCUGCAAUACGUUCAUGACACGGUUUUCCCAUAAAUCGAGGGAGCUCUGGAAGGGAAACUUGAAAAACUGGAUUGUCAAAAUCAACGAAAAUGCGGGAACAAUUGAAGUUAACGAUGCUAACAUUGAUUAUUGGAUUUUGAAUACCCUACUUCAGAACUGAAGCCUUGACUUGAAUGCUAGGAAGCUAUUCAGAGGAUCAUACCUGAGAAAGAUCAAAAAGUUCCUUAGCUCAAUCCCGAGUCCAAGCCAAGUAAAAAUGAUUAAGAUAAGUGAUAUUUGAGAUUAUUUUGAAAGGUUUAGAGAUGAAAGCGGUCAAAAAUGAAAAAGUCGUUUCCAAUAUGUACUGGAACAACUGUCGAUCCCAUUAAACCUCGAGCCACCUCAUAUAAAAACGUACCAAAACAACAAAGGAAAAAGGACUGCAUAUUUCUAUAGUAAUAUAUUCUCGAUUGAGUGUGUGUUUCAUAGAUAUCUUAGCGGGUUGCAAGCUUAUCCGAAGAUUGAUGGUACUGAAGCUACUGUAUUCAUAAAUUCUAAGUACUCUGUCAACCACAAGGAAAUCCGUUUUUGAGGAAACAAAUCUAAAGAUUGCCCAAACCUUUCUAUGAUCGAGCUGAAGAGCGACAAGAUUCCAGUUUUUAAAAACAUUUUGAGAAUUGCAUUUGUGAAGGAAACCUGAUUUGAGGACAUUCAUGAAAAAUUAGAGUGAGCCAAAGUUUUCAAUAAGAUUAUCAAAAAAUGAUACCCUGACUUGGAAGAGCUAAACCCACCUAAAACUUAUAGCAUUGACAAUACUUGUUUGAGCUUUGCCUUGCAAGCACUUGAAUCAACAAAGGUAAAUUUUAAAGUUUCAAGAAUUAUCGAAGAAUUUUACGACACUUUAAAACUCAAGGCAAGGACGGCAAUUCUUUUCUUUCCAAAAGAGCACACAGAGAUGCAUAGUUUGUUUAAAUGAUCCAUUCAAAUAUGAACAAAAUUAUACAAAAAGAUCAAACACAACCUUGUCUUUGAGUCUUUUGAAGUCAUAUCAAUUGCCAAUAUAGAGAGAAUUAAAGACCCAAAAGCAGAACUCAACAAAAUUGGAAUUGAUUCUUGGGAAUCACAUAUAUCCCAAAGGAUGAGUAAGUGGCUGGUUUUUCCGAUCUCUGAGAUUGUCUCAAUCAAUGAGUUUGCCCAUAUGGAGAAUCUUACUAUAAAAUCCGAAGAAGUUACUAAAGAAGGUACAAUCAUAAAGUCCAAUAGCUUUUACAGCUUAGUAAGCAAAGCCUGAGACAUCAAUAUUGGUCUUGAUUCCAAUUUUUGGCAAUUAAACAAAUUAAGUGAACCAUCUUAUUAUAGAAAGAUGCUACAGCAUCUAAAGGGCAGAGAAUCUAGCGUGACUACUCUCGCGAUAGUUUCUAACAACGAAAAUCUUCAUUUUGACUGUUUCACCGAACCAACUCUGAGGAUGUUCAAAAAGUUCAGUGUCCUUGUACUACUUGAAGAUCGAGAAGAGGAGAAGAAAGAAGACCUUCUGCUAUCCAAAAUCGAAAGAUAUUCCAAGUUACCUAACUUUGGAAAAAUUAAAGUGUGCCCUAUCAAGACCAGCAAACCAUCCUUUGCCAACCAAAUUAUUAUUCAUGGAGGAUUUUAUGAAAUAAAAGAAAAAGUAAAAACUUGUGAAAUCAACAAGGGAUCAAUGACUUGAGCUAGAAAGUUUAUAAAUAAGCUAAGGAUUACCCCUGAUAUAGAAAUAGUUGACUUUAGUGAAAAGUUUUGGAAUAAUUCUUAA